UCAGUUCUCUCUUUACAACCCACAAUGCGGUUUUGUACGAUCGCUUUGGUGCUGCUCUGUGUGCUCCAUGUCUCAAAUCCGAAGCCAUUUUUACCUGUUUUGGAAAACAUCCACAAACACUUCGAGGAUAAGUUCACAAUGAUAAACCAAAUGUUAAAUGGCAACAGCGAUGAUAGCUCCGCACCGGAACCGGAACCGUCACCCCCGAAAUCCAAUACACAUUCAAAUAAGAAGGCAAAUACUAGCCUCAAAAAGGACGAAAGGAGACAAAUCUUGAACACACUGGUCAAGCUUUGCAAAUCAGAAACAGGAAAGGACGGAAAGACUUCCAGCUUUGACGUUUCUCUGCCCAAACAAACCAUCAGUAAUAUUAACACGAUCACGAACAACAUCAGCAUGCCGGAAAUUCAAUUGCCACCGAUUACGGUUGUCAUCGUGAAGGAUGAAAAGGCGCUGGCCAAAUACCAAGAGAAAUCUAGCAACGGGACCAUAAUAGUCAAACGUCGUAGCAACGCCAAGGAUCCCAAACCUGCCCCGAGAACGGGAUUGGAAAACAGGACUGAGAAAGGAUUGAAUGCGGACAUUAAGAAGUGCGUCCUCAUGAAAAUCAAAGAACUUAAUAUUAUAAAAGCGUAACCGAACUUUCUAAAUUCGAAUUACACAUACAA